AUGGAGCAACAAGAAACGAAGACAGGCAACACCAGAAGCGGAGAAAGCACACAAUCGAAAUCAACAUCGUCCUUUCCUCUCGAUCUAACUAAAGAGAUACUCUCAAGGCUGCCUGCGAAAUCUGUUGUGAGGUUUCGUUGCGUGUCGAAGCUUUGGUCAUCAAUCACCACCGAUCCGUAUUUCAUCAGCUCUUUCGGAGCUAACUCCUCAACAAGGCAGACCCUUCUACUCUGCUUCAUUAAAGAUGACAAACUCUUUGUUUCUUCGAUUCCGCAACAUACUCAGGAUCGGAACAAGGCUUACUCUUCUCUUCUGCCUAUUGAGCGUUAUCAUAUGAAACUCCCAGGAUAUGGUUUUCAUGAUCUUACGGAAUCUGUCAACGGCUUGAUAUGCCUUAAACACUCACAAAAUCCCUUAGUUUGGAACCCUAGUAUGAGAAGUGUUUUUGCUUUACCCUAUCCCAAUAACCAUAAGAGCUGGAAAAAGGUAACACUCUUUUUAGGUUACGAUCCCAUCGAAGGUAAACACAAAGUUGUGUGCGUUCGCUAUAAAAAAACAUCCUACGUAUGCCGAGUUUUUACAUUGGGAUCCGCUCAAGAAUCAUGGAGAACAGUCAAGACAAAUCAUAAGCAUUGUGUUGGCUAUUAUACUUAUGGGCGAUGCAUCAAUGGGGUGAUAUAUUAUAUAGCCCGUGAUGAGUGUAAUAAGUCAGCUGAUUUGGUUAUAAUGAGCUUUGAUGUCAGAUCUGAAAAAUUCGAUAUGAUAGAACCACCAUCGAAAAUGCAUAGGGCUGUGCUGAUAAAUUAUGAGGGGAGGUUAGCAGCUUGUACUGAUAAUUACAAUGAUAGAAGAUUGUGGAUUUUGGAGGAUGCAGAGAAACAAAAGUGGUCGAGUAAGGACUUUCUUUCACCUUUUGGUCCUAGUUGGAGAACCGAAUUCAAACUAGGAGGUGUUACUCCCGCUGGUGAGUUUAUUUAUGUACCAGACACGUUUCAUAAAUCGCAUUAUAUUUUAUUUUUUGAUCCGGUGAGAAACAGCUCUAGAAGAUUCAACUUUAAACGAUUGGCAGACGGCGGCCGCGAAUCUUGGCCCGAUCAUGGAACGUAUGAUCCUUUCCAUGCUUUCCCGAAUCACAUUGAUAGUCUAUUGUCUUUGUAA